AUGUUCUCGCCUUGUCGUUCGAGCAGUCUUUAUCGGUUUUACGGGUUCCAAGCUGUCUUUUCUGGAAACCUAUUUACUCAAUCCGAAGUGGUCACCAACCGGUUGGCUAUUCUGGUAUUCUGCAUUAAGAAGACCGAGUGCGGUGAUCGGAUAUGGAAGAAGUAUAUGCCAACUGCACGCCUCGCGCUCGCCCUGUCCAAGAGCGGAACUGGAACCAAGAAGGUUUCAAGUUUGGGUCCAGCACCGCAAACGUCCGGCUGA